AUGAAGUAUUUACUACUCACACUCAAGAUCGAAAAAGAUCUCUUUGAUAAACCAACAAGCGCAACCAUCGCCAUGAACACAAUCGAGGAGGACUGCAGCAGCCUGUCUUAUAACUCUAAUCUCGUUCCGGAGAUCAAUCGGGAUCAGGAGCUACAGCCCCAACCCCAAUCGCCAUCCCAAUCCCCAUCUCAGAUCCAGACUCCGGUGUCGCAGACACCUCGCAAACGAAAGGAGACCCCCAUUCGAGUGCGUGACAUGAUCAACCUUUACAACUUCGCCACCCAGAAAAACCAGGAACUGGAGCAGGCCAAGUCCCUGUACUUUGGCUCCAUCUCAAAGUCGGAGGAGGAGCAGGGAUCGGAUCUCGAGGGCGGCAGCAGCUGCUGCAACGUGUCGUUAUUGGAGGGCAAAAAGGAAGCCGACAAUGGAGGGUGAGAUUUCAGCAACUUUCGAGUGACCACCACUCAGUCCUCGCUCUUCCAGUCGCUCAACGAUGAAAACCCAGCUGACAGCAACACUGUGGAAAAGUCCUACCAAAGCAAGACCACCAUUCGACGCACAGAUCAAGGCGUGCGCAUUAUUAUUGACAUAUUUUUUGAUAAAAAGGAAAGCGAGAUAGACAUUGUGGGCAGCCGCGUGGAGACGGACAUCCCCGAGAGCCGCAUCCUGACCGAUUUCCAGCAGCAUUCGCUGGUCAUCAAGAACCAGGAGCAGAAGCCGGGGGUCCAAGAUGGGCCCGUUGCCCAGUCCACCUAGGCUGACCAUCAGAUAGCCAGGAGAUACAUAACUAAAUUCCAGGUUACAAUGUACGCGCAGCGUUAUAUAUGUGUUAUUUUCUUUAUUUUUUGACAUGAGCCAACGAAAUACGACAAUAAUAAACCAUCGAUUGACUCUCGA